GUCGGCAAACCGGGCGCACGUGACAGAAGUGGUCUCUUCUUUGAAGUCUGGUGAGCACUCCGAAACCAUGUUCGCAGAGAUCCUCGAAGAGUGUAAACUUGGUCGCGUGGCUGGCCCUUUUCCCGCCUCCAAGCUUCUCCUCCAGGACACCAGUUCGUGUGCUUCCCGUGCGUUCCCGGUCGUUCAAGGUGGGAAGGUCAGGCGUGCCGACGACUGGUUGCGCAGUCACCACAACGCGACAGUGUGGGUCUCAGACUCGCCUGCGUAUUGUGGGGUGGAUACCCUCGCUAGCUGUAUCCAGUCCGCGCCUGUUCGUCAGAACAUGCUGCUCAGCGCGGUGGAUCACGAAGGGGCAUAUAGAGGGCUACCCGUCCGAUCGCCAAGCGAAUGCGGCGUAAUCCUUCCCGUUCAGAAGGAUCGUUGCCUGUUCGUGCACAACAGCCUCCCGUUCGGCAGCACGGGGAGCGUGUGGUCUUACCUCAGGGUGGCGGACGUUCUCUCGUUCUUGGCGGUUAGCCUCCUGUUCGUACCUUCCGCCCACUUUGUCGACGACUUCCACCAGUCCGAAUCCGCUGACGUAGCCGACUCAGGCUUUCAGAGUUUCAAGCUGUUUCACAGCACGUUAGGGUUCAGGAUGAAGGUGGCCAAGGAAAAGCGAGCUGGGAGUUCUGUGGACGAUCCUCCAGGUACCUGUUCAGGAGCCUUGGCCGCCCGUCUCGCAGGAAAGUUGACGUUCGUGUGCGCCUGGGUGUUUGGGAAGGCUGAGUUGCCGCCCGCGCUGCGAGUCAGCUUUCGACUCCUGGUCGAACUCUUGCCAGCUUUGAAACCUAGGCUGUACGCCGAUGCCUUCAUCACCAUGCAUGGCCAACGCCGUUGCGCCAACCGGUGGAUGGACGACAGCACUGCCCUACAGCAACUCCGGGAGUCUACCAACGGAUGGGGAGCCAUCUACAUAGGCCCGUCCGGCCAGCGAUGGAGUUUUCGUGCACAGGUGCCAGAGUCGGUUUUACGCCGGUGCUGUUCCAGUCGCGACUACAUCUACUGGUUGGAGGCGGUGGCUCAGUUGAUCUCCCUGGCAGUCGUUGCAAAAGACCAGUUCGAUUGCAUAGUUUGCUUCGUCGACAACACUGCCGCGGAGCACGCGCUGAACAAGGGCACGUCCAAAAACCCGCCAACCUGUCAGACAAGGUGUCAAGGGGCGACUUUUCAGAGGCGCACCAGCUAG